GUCGUCGUUUGCUCUCUGAUUUUCAACUUUUGUUAUUAAUAAUCAGGCUGCGAUUCCAAUGAAAUCUUCGUCUGGGUAAAGAUUUGAUUCCACGUUUAGAAGGAAAAGCUAAGGAGAUUAUCGGCAGAAAAAGAGCAGUUAAUUGCUGCUCAGCGAUUGAUUCCUUGGAUUUGAGCUUGCAGGAGUUGUUGGGUAAAAACCAGAUUUUGGAGGCAAUUUGAAUCAACUUAUUCGAAAAUAACGUACUAUUGCUUGACUGAAUGAUCGCUUAUUUGAAUUAUUGCUAUAUAUUUGCGUUGUGUUCAUGAGACUUCCUUUGUUCUCUCGUCAUGCUUGUGUUUUUUACCCCACUUCCGUUUUUCUGGUGUUUUCGGCUGAGUUGAUUUUCUAGCAAAUUAGACAGUUGUUGCCAUUUUUUUUGUCUGCAGUCGGAAUUAGCUGUGAUAUUUUGGUGAGGAGACGAUGGUUGUUGAUUGUUAGGGAUCGAAAUUUCCUUUGAUUCUGAGCUGAAAGGGUUGGAAUUUGAGAAAUUAUGCACAAAUUGUUUUGAAGUUUUUGUUUGAAUUUUGAACUUACCAUUUGGAUUGAUAAGCUGUUUUUGAAUGACUGCUAACAAAUGGAUAAACGCAUAGAAAAUUUGAUAUCUGCUAAGAAGUUGUUAAAUUCCAGUUUAAGAAAAUCUAGAUCAUUCGGAUCAUCCAUAGAAAAAUCUUGCUCUAGAUUAGAUGAGAUUAACCAUAGGCUGUUAUCUAUAGAACUAUCCGUUGGACCGGUGCAAGCUCCGAAAGAUACUCUUCUUUCUGUGUCUGCUUGUGUAAAUAGAUCUGUGGUUCCAGCAGCUUCAGUUCUUAAGGUUUUUGAUGCAAUCCAUGGCCUUGAAAGGUCAUUGUCCGAUCCCCAAUCUGAUCUUCCGGGAUAUCUUAGUGUGCUUAAACGUCUGGAAGAAGCAUUGAAGUUCUUGGGGGAGAAUUGUGGAAUGGCAAUUCAAUGGUUGUUUGAUAUAGCCAAGUGUUUGGAGGAUCAUAAAGUGAUGGAUGGGGGAUUCGUUUUGCGUUUGAACAGGUCUUUGGAGAGUCUCCGAGAACUGGAAUCAGGUGAAGAGAAUGACUGUCUUGACGGUGGAUUGCUUCAAGUUGCAUUAGACCGACUGGCGAAAGAGUUCAGACGGCUAUUGUCUGAAUAUAGCAUUCCACUACAUAUGCCAUCUCCUGCCUCGACUGGCCACGAUGAGCGAGCUUCCAUUGAACUGUCGCCUUUGCCUGUGGCUGUGAUACAGAAGCUGAAAGCUAUUUUGAGGAGAUUGAUUGCUAACAGAAGACUUGAAAGCUGUAUAUCCAUUUAUAUUGAGGUUCGGAGUUCUAAUGCGCAGGACAGUUUGCAAGGCCUCGAUUUGGAGUAUCUCAACAUGCCAGUCUCCGAAUUCAAUAGAGCUCCGAACAUAGAUGUUUACAUAUCUCAAUGGAGCAAGCAUUUGGAGUUUGUGGUUCAACAUUUGCUUGAAGCUGAGUACAAACUUUGCAGUGAUGUGUUCGAAAGAGCUGGAUCGAAUGUGUGGAAGAACUGUUUUGCUGAAAUAGCCGGACAGGCCGGAAUUCUCGGAUUCUUACAGUUUGGCAGAACUGUUACUGAUAGUAAGAAAGACCAGAUGAAGCUACUGAAACUGCUGGACAUCUUUGCUUCCCUAACUAAACUCAGAUCGGAUUUCAACCGUCUCUUUAGCGGAGAUGCCUGUGCCGAGAUCCAAAACCUGACCCGGGAUUUGAUCAAGAGAGUCAUUGAAGGCGCUUGCACGAGUUUCCGGGAGCUUCGGGUUCAAGUCGAACAGCAAAGACACGCCCCACCUCCUCCCGACUGCAGUAUUCCGAAAGCUGUAAGUUCCACAACAGAUUAUUGCAACAAACUUCUUGGAGAUGACUACAAGCCGAUUCUUACACAAGUUCUGGUCAUCGAAAGAAGCUGGAAGCGCGAAAAGUAUCGAGAGAGGUUUCUUUUCGAUGACAUUGUUAUCUUGAUUAAAGUUGUCGAGCAAAACUUGGAAGCAUGGUCCAAAAGCUACGACAACGCCUGGCAAACGUAUCUGUUCCUGAUGAACAAUCACUGGCACUUGUACAAAAAUCUGAAGGGCACCGAAGUCGGGAGCCUUCUAGGAGAUUCUUGGCUAACCGAGCAUGAACAGUACAAGGAGUAUUAUUUAUCCAUGUUCGUGCGUGAGAGUUGGGGAAAGCUCCCGGCGCUGUUGAGCCGGGAAGGGCUGAUCUUGUUCACGGGAGGGCGUGAAACUGCUCGUGAUCUUGUCAAAGAACGGUUGAGACUUUUCAAUAAAGCGCUCGAUGAAACAUAUAGGAAACAAUCGCAUUGGGUUGUUACAGAUGAAGAUUUACGCGAGAGAAUUCGCCAUGUUGUAAUUCAGACCGUUGUGCCUGUUUAUCGCAGCUACAUGCAGAGUUACGGGGCGUUGGUAGAACAGGAGAUGGAUGCCGGGAAAUAUGUGAAGUACACGGUCCGUUCCCUGGAAAAAAUGUUGGGCGCUCUUUUCCAUCCGAGCAAGCCGAGUGCCGGAUUCAACACAGGCAAUGUGGAUCGGUGAUAGUGGUGACGUUUUCACUGUGGAUUCGAUUCGAUGCUUGCUCUAGUGUAAUUUCAAUGUUACUGGUAAUCUUCUUCAAGUUUAAAAAUCUUUGUUUAUAAUUUUAGAAACAUGUUCAUAUAGCUAAAAUCAAUGCUUCAGUCUUCGAUUGUUGAAGGGAUGCAUCAAAGGUAAUUAAAUUCAAUAAUUAAGAAAGUUUACUUAAUUAUUGGCUUGUAUAUUUUGUACCUUGUCGGAUGAAUUGAGGUUAAUACAGCACAAUUACCACUUUUUGUUA